GAGUAUUAUUCCUAAAUUCUGCACUAAACCGGAUAGUGCGUCAUGUCAUAUAUACUUUAGGCUAUAUAAUUUCAGUUUUAGAUUUUAAAAUUGAAACUUUGAGAGUUUGUUAAUUAGUGUUAACUAGAAGUAUAGCAGUUACGCUUGAAGCUAUGUAGCUGAGUGCGCGUAGCGUUGCGACAUUGUUUGGCGCGUCAGUCGCUCGCGUGCGGCCAGCCAGCGGCGAGCAGCGCGGCGCUAGAGUCGACCCAACGAAAAUAAGUCGGCGCUCGCGCAGUGAUCGCCCGGCCCCGCGGGGAUUCGAACGAAAUGCGCCCUCGAUAUGGGCAGCAACUGUUGCAAAGGCGAUGCCGGCGGUAGACCUAUCAGGUCUAACUCCUCUAUAUACAGCAGGUAUUUCUUGCUGGCUAUAACCAUCCUCCAGGAGGUCGUUGGCGUACCUCGGGUCCUCAGAUCGUUCCGUCCGAGUCGUGCUGGCGCUUCGCUAGACGAACGGUUCACGGCGUCGGACGAUGCGGGCGGAGUCCGGCUGACCGUGUCGGCUGCCCGGACCGGAGAUACCGACGUAUAUACACUACAAGCGAGCAAUGCAGCUGGGAGUGACUCGACGAAAGUCCGCGUGGAGGUGUCGGCGGACGAGGCGCCGACCGGCGAGGACCCGCCGACGUUCCUGCGCCGUCUGCAGGACCUGACCGUGAAGGUCGGCACCCGCACGCGGUUCCUGGUCGAGAUUGUCAGCUCUACUGAGUGCAAGGUGACAUGGUACCGCAACGAGCGGCGCUUGUUGGAGGCGGAGCGCGUGGCGCUGGCGCGCGACGGCAACUUCUGGUGCGCGGACGUGGCGGCGGUGAGCGUGGACGACGCCGGCCGCUGGACCUGCACGGCGGAGAACGCCGGCGGCCGAGCCAGCUGCUCCGCGCAUCUCAAUGUACUUGUGCCGAAAGCGUACAAGCGUCCUGAGUUCGUGGAGGAGCUGCGCGCGCUGCUGACGGAGCAAGGCACGGUGUCACUGGAGUGCAAGGUGGUCGGCGUGCCCACGCCGCUGCUGCGCUGGUUCAAGGACAGUCGCGAGAUAAAAGCUGGCGACGUAUUCGCGCUGACUGCGAAUGCCGAGGACCCGACGUCGCUGGGCACGUACACGUGCGAGGCGGUGAACUGCAUGGGCCGCGCCUACUCCUCCUCCAAGGUGCACGUCGUCGGCCGCGGCAGCCGCGAGGGUUCCGCGAGACCACCUUCUAGCAGCGUAACGCCGGAGCCGCCUCCGAUCUUCACGAAGGAGUUGGAGGACCAGUUCGUGCGGAUCUCUGAGCCGCUGACGCUGAGCUGUCACAUCGUGGUGCCGCCCUGGCCGCGCAGCGUCGUCUGGUACAACAAGGAGGGCAAGGUCGAGGCCAACGAGAGGUACCAUGUGUUGGAGGACGGCGCGGGCGGGUACCUGGUGGAGGUGGCGGGCGCGGAGUGGCCGGACGAGGGCGAGUGGAAGUGCGUCGCCACCAGCAGCGGCGGCCGCGUCGGCAUCUCCACCUGCUAUGUCACCAUGGAUGUGCCCAAAAACUACCGGAAGCCAAGAUUUAUGGAGAACCUGCAAGCAGUAUUAACUGAAGAAGGCCUGGUCUCCUUCGAGUGCAAGGUCGUCGGCUUCCCGACGCCGGUCCUCAGCUGGUUCAAAGACGGCCAGGAGUUGAAGCCCGGUGACGUGUAUCAGCUGACCGGCACCAACUCCUUGGGCUCCUACUGCUGCAUCGCUAGGAACUGCAUGGGACAGGCCAGCAGCUCUGCUGAGCUCACUGUAGAAGAUAUACAGAACCAAUUGAACGAAGAGGAAAAGCUUCAACUAUUCUCUAAGAAUCAGGCGCCCAAGUUCAUUCAAGGCUUGAAGAGCGUCGAAGCUAAAAUUGAUGAGCCAUUCCGUUUUACGAUUAAAGUCGCCAUUCCGCCUGAGCCGUCGGUGCUGUGGUACCGAGACGAGCAGCCGGUGGACGAGUCGUCUCGCUGCCACCACGGCCAGGAGGAGCGCGGCGUGUUCUACCUCGACAUACAGAGCCUCGAGUUCCUCGACCAAGCCGAGUGGAAGUGUGUCGCCAUGAACGACUUUGGACAUAGCGUAACCUCAUGUUUUCUUAAACUAAUCAUACCUAGACAUUAUAAGAAACCUAGAUUUUUGGAGAAUCUCCAAGCAAUCUUAUCUGAUGAAGGAGCGGUGAACUUGGAAUGUAAGGUCAUCGGAGUCCCUCAACCCGUCUUAAAAUGGUAUAAAGACGGAGAAGAGUUGAAACCGGGCGAUAUCCAUCGCAUCAUAUCUGGACAAGACGGCACUUGCUGCCUUGGUACUUAUACCUGUGAAGCACAGAACUGUAUGGGAAUAGCUGCAAGCUCAGCCUCACUUCUUGGAUUCGAUGAUUCGAUGAAAGCUAAAAAGAAAAAAGCAGAAGAACAAGCUUUACAAAGGAAUUUGUCGCUUAGCACCAUACACGAAGAAAGAACAUCACAAAUGUAUGACACACCUGUUGGGGACGUUACCACUCUUGACGAUAAGGGAGAGAUUUCGUUCUCGUUUGACGGCAAAGAAGUUUCGGUAUCUCUUUACGAAACUCCUGAUUUGACUGAAGAAGAAGCUUUACAGAUCGUUGAAAUGUACGCUGACCAGCUCUCAGAAAAUAUUACAGAACACAAUGUAGUUGAGUUACCACCACUCAGAUUUGUAAAAGAAACUUCUACAUCAGGAAAUUUAUUGAUGGAAGCAGUCAUUAUCGACGUAUCACCAGACUACUUUGUUUCUCCGGACGAAGACAUGCGGACAGAGGCUGAUAUAGAAGAUAUAUCGAUAGCUGACGAAAACGGCCCGCCUCAGCUUUCUUUAGAUCAAGACAUAGAAAUAGGUGGAGAAGAUUAUUUGGAAAAAACUAUGGCGUUAUUAUCGGAAGAAAAAUCUGAUGUGCUACUUAAAUUCAGCAGGAAAAAGUCAGAUUCUCAGAGAAGUGCCGAUGACUUCUUCAGUUUAUCGCGUGAUCCGUCUAUGUCUGAAGAUAUCAAACGAGAUGACGAUACGCAAGCUGAAAGCUUCGCCAGUGCCCACAGCCUUGGCAAACCCAAAUCCAAAUCCUCGAAACCAUCAGGCGAAGAUGGGCAAGAGUCAUCUGAGCCAACAAAAACCAUUGUGUUUAAGGAUGAAGCCGUAAAACAUUCUCUAGAUUCUGAGAUAGUGCCAGUUGUUAAACCCAAGAGGGAGAGACGAACUAGUCGCAGCUCCAGACGAUCAAGCUCAGGCAGUGAAAAAUCUGUCAGUAAACUAAGGGAGGAAAUACUUGUUAAGAAAGAAUCUGUUGAAGUGGAAGUACAUAAAAAACCUCAAAUAACUGAAAACGAGUUCAAAGAAAAGAUGAUUAAUGUGAGCACUUCAUUAUCAAAAGUUAUCAAUGAUGUCCAGAUUAUUGAAAGAGAUAUUAUUUUGAAGUCUGAACUGAUGACUUCAGCGGCAACGGCCUCUCGAAGCUUAGAAAUCAUAAGCAGUUUAAUAUCUCCUCUCACUGAAAUACACAGCAUAACAGACGCUGCACGAGAAGCCGCAACUGAAUCUAAAGAAGUAAGCAGUACAUUAUUUAACAACCUUCCACAACCUUUGAAGGCUCUUCAGCGGUCACUUACUCUUAUUGAAAAGUGUAUUGACAUGGAAAGUGACAGCAGAACUUUAGUGAAGAAAACAUGUGUAGCAUUUGUUGAAACAUGCGGAAGUGAAAUGCAACAAUUGCUAUCAGAAAUUAAUACUAUCAUUUCCAAGGAUUACUUGCUCACUGACGACAAAGUGCUUGCAGAAAUUCAAACAGUCAAUAAUGAAAUGUGUACCGUAAUCAAAUUCUCUUCAGACACCAUAAAAGCUAGAAACCUUCUUAAUGAAGCAAGUGAAAUUAAAGUUGAAGAACCUUCGGUUGAGAUCAAGCAUCUCAGAGACACUCAAAAAGCUGUAUUUGAACUAAAAAGUCCUCUGAAUUCACUUCUUAGUAUUGUGGAAAGCGCGGACAGUGGCAAAAUCAUAGAUGUUUCUAAAGUCAGAAACAGUGAAGUAAUACUUAAUGACAUGUCUGGAUCUAUACAAGAUCUGCAAACGGCAUUAGAACAAAUAGAAACAUUAUCGGUUAAGGAGUCCACAUCAUCUCUACAUAAAUACAAUACCGAAAUUAUUGAAACCGUAAUGGAGUCCGUAGUCAAACUAAGAAACUCAUUUGAACAGCUAUCGACUGAAUCUAGAAGUGAAGAAAAGGAAGUUUUGAAACAAGCUGUAGCAUCGAUUAAAGAAAACCUACAUAAGAUAUCCUCGCAAAUUGAAGUAAUCGAGAGAAAUGUUGGUACGUUUGACGUCCUACAGAGUGAAAAUAAACUGGAUGCCUUACAAAAGAUGGCACAGAUUUUAAUAGCAUUAGAAAAUAAUUUACCCAGAUUAGAUUCUUUACCUGAAGUCAAAAAUCAUAUGACUGUUUUCCACAAAAACUUAACCAAAGUGUUAGAGAAUGUUAUAGAGAGUAACGAAUCGAAGAAAUAUUUUACUCUUAUGGGAAUUUGUGAUGCUGUCAACAUUAUCAAUGCCUCUAUAAAGAAUUUAGACGUCGAUAGCGUUUUGGCACUUGCAAGUUUGAAUAACUCUUUGAGAAUUAUCCAAGACCAAUUCAUCACAAAUGUCUUUGAUUCUGAAUUAAACUGCUUUAUUCUAACUAACAUCGCUGACACUCUCGUCGGAAUACAAGAAGCUAUAAACACUGCAGAAGAGACUAGCGUACAAAUUGAUUAUGAACAUGUUCAGGAAUUGCCUCCACAAGAGCUUAAAGAAUCAAAGGCUAAAGUUGUUGUAGAACAUAUAGAUCACGCGAUAGCAGCAAUUGAGAACUUAAAAACUUUAGAGUCUACACAAGAAUUAAAACUAGGUGUAACACCAACAUUAGAAACUAUUUGUCCCGUUCUUGAAGAACUGAAACGCAGUGUCGCGUCUAUAAAAGCAAGUGGCAUCGAUGAAGAACAUGUUUCAGACAUAUCGGACAUUUCUUCGUUUGCUCAAACUCUUGCAUCACCAUUAUGUGAACUUAAUCAAAAUAUAAUUGUGCUCAAUCAGCAGAUUGUUGAAAAUAUCGAAAGUAUGAAAGAUAAUAGCGAAAUAAUGGCUACAAUAGCUGAGCCUCUUCAUGAAUUAAAUACAACAUUGGAAAUAUUGCAACAAGAAGUUAUCUCUCAAUACGAUGAGAAUUUGACUCCUUAUGAUAUAAGUGUUAAUAUGGCUAGCGCAGUACAAAACUUACACAGUUGCAUUUUGAUGAUACAAGAACAAGCUGGAGUAGAAGCUAUAGAUGAUAUGUCAACCUUGGAAGAUAUAUCGGGUAUUAAGACAACGGCUGACGCGACUGCAUCAGAUCGUUUAUUAUUACCGGCUGCUGUCGAAACGGCAAUCGAGCCAGAUGUAUUAGUAUUAAACGUCGAACAGCAAACUACAGCAACAGCCCAAGCUCUACAAACUUUAAAUGAACACAUAACUAUUCUUCAAACCCCAGAUAUUAUUGAUGCUUUAGACUCAUUAUCGGAAGUCAGUGAUUAUUCUAGUCUUAAAUCAUUCGUUGUAGGUUUAGGUGAAUUACAUUCGGGUAUUGAAGAAGUUCUUCAUCCAUUGCUUAUGGAAGGAUCAAACGAAAUUAGCAACUUAAUAAACCCAUCAAAACUAACAGCUAUAGCUGAGCCGAUGCAGGAAAUACAGCAGAGUUUGUCGGUGUUAGACACAAGCAACAUUCCAAUAUACGAAAAUAUAUUAGAGCUGCCGACGGAAAAAAUACAUUCCGUAAUUCAGAACUUGUCUGAAUUUAAAAAGCAUAUAGAUAAGUGCAUGCUUGCUGUGUUUCCUGCUAUGCAUAAUGCUGAUAACACAGUAGAGAUUGCAAACAAAGUCGGUGCGAUAAGAGAGGUGUGUGAGCAUUUAAAAGAAAUUAUUGAGACUACAAAGGCCGUCGAAACGACUCCUAUACCAAAAGAAGUGACUGCCUUAGAAGUGACCGUUGACAAUUUAUUAGAUGCAACCGAUGUGUCCAAAGGAAUUAAAAUUGAUCAAGUUAAAACGAUUACAGAAGAACUGUACGAAAAAAUUACAGUAGUCCAAGAGGAAAUAAUUCAGUUCACUCCUCAUGCCCCUGAAAAAAUAGCGCAAGAAGCUAAAUUAAUUCAAACUAUUGACGAACUUCAGAAUAACAUAGCUGUUUUAGAACAAUACGACUUUGUAGAUCUGUCUCGAGCUUCCGACAUAACUUGUAUGUCACCACAGGUUGCUGUGGAAUUGGAAUCGGAGUCUCUUUUGUUAAUGGAAGACAUAGUUGACAGUGCUGUUAAUGUCGUGCAAGACUCAACCCAAGAGACGCCUGAAGCAGACCUGAUGAUAGUCGAAGACUUUUUCAAGACUUGCAAAAACGAAUUCACGAUUCUUCGCUGUUUGAUUUCAAAGGCUACAACACACAAAAAGAUCAUUAGACUUUUGCAGGAAUUUAGUUCUUUGCAGAGCACAAUUAAUGAUUUUAAAAAUAAAAAGUUCGAAUUGACCCUUUCCGAAGAUAUAAAUGAAUGUUUGGCUACGUUUUUGAUCCAUGCGGAUGACUGCCUACAAAACGUUCAACAAUCUCUUUUGAAAAUAGUCGACUCACAAUCUGAGCUUCUCAUUGAAGCUCCUUUGGCGAAGUUUGAAAAUUCAGCUAAAGUACUAAAAGCAGCAAAGGAGAACAAACAAGAUGUGCAAAUCACAGAAACUGUUAACAAAUUUGUCGAAAUCUUAGAAACAGCCAAACCUUCCUUACAAAAUGUACAUGCUGAUAUUUUAGAAGAAAUCAAAAGCACUAAAACACAUGUUGUUGAAUGCAGUACGUUAGCAAAUAUGAUUGAAGAAUUUUCUACGUUUGUCGAACAAGAAAAAACGGUAAAUAAGGAUUCCAACACAAAAGACAUAUUAGAAAAAGUAUCAACUUGUAUUGAAAAACAUCAAGACUAUAAAGAUGCAAGUGGAACGGGGAAGACAUUGAUUUUACUCAAAUGUCUGUCUGAUUGCACUGAUGUACUACAAGAAAGCCUUCUUGAAGUAAAAGCUCCCAAACCAAGGAUAGAAGAAGGUCCUUUGAAAGCAGUGCUCACUGAAAUGCUGGAACCUUUACAAGCACUACACAAGCAGCUGACAAGUGUCCAGGAGCAGGUCCUUAGUGGUGUGGAAGAGGACUCUAUCUCCGUUGAUAUCUCUACUACAGAAUCUCUUGUUCAAACAAUGACUGAAAAACACAAAGAAAUCAUCGAAAGAAUCGAAGCAGAGGAAGCUAUUGCUAACGAAGAAAUAUCAUUGAUAAUGGAAGUUGAUAAGGAAAUACAUUCAAUACAAGAUAGCUUGCGUUCAAUUGAAGGAGUACAAGUUGCUCAGGUGGUCAAAGACAUCGCUAAGCCAGUGGAAGACAUUGAAAAGUCACUGGGUAACAUAUUAUCCUCUGAACAUGUCACCGUGUUCACCGAGCAGAAACUUCCUAAGGAUAUCAAUUCUAACAUUGACUCUUUGGAAAGCGCAAUAGAUCGGUUUGUUAAUAUAGAUCUUGAAAUAUUGGUCGCAUCAGGUACAUUGUGUGACACUGAUUUAAACCAAUGUUUUGAGUUGGCAACUGAAUUAAAAGGUUUAUUGGCUCUACCUCUCAAAAAAUUGAACUCUCCAAAAAUUACCGAAGUAAAGAACAAACAUUUGACAUCCCUUAAAAAUAUUUUGUCGAAAUUCGAUUGGAAAUGUACCGACAUAUUCGAAGGAAAAACUCAAGUAGAAAUCGAAAAUAUGGAACUCGUUUUUCUGACUACGUAUCAGCUAUUGACUGAGUUAGACAAAGUUGAAAUUAUCGAAAACAUAGAAAUCAAAGAAGAAAAAGCAAAACAGUUAGUUCAGCAUAUAGACCAGUACAUUGAAUUAAUUGAAAUUGUCGAAGAAAUAUCUGCCGUAAUUAGAAUUGAAGAUAUCAAUGAGACUAUGGAAAUUGCGAAGGAGCUACGUGAAAGUUUUGCAGCCUUAGAAACUUUGACCGAAGAAGGAACUAAACUCGAAAAUACAACGGAUAUAAGAGAAAAUCAAUUUAGACUAGCACAGAAGCUUCAAACAGCGUUGUCUGCGUUGCAAGUUCAAGUUUUGGAUAGUGCACAAGAGCUUGCUCCGGCUCUCAGCCCACGAGUACUGCAACGAAUUGCUAGAGUAACGGCCCAACUUCAAGCCGACUUAGUAGCUGUGACUGGAAUCCAAGUAGCAUUGCAGGCUCCUCUAGAACCACCCAGGGGUGCCGAAGCCGUAUCGACCGUCGAAUCGGUAGAAAGACAAACUGUCUCUAUAACCACAUCAGAAUUAGCUGCUGCAACUUUGGAAUCAACACCUACUAUUUUGGCACAAUUAGGUGAAACCGAAGCGUCAACAUCUCUUGAGCAGGCUGCUGUAGAGCAAACAUCAGAAAAUUCUGUUACCGCAGAAACUAUGCAAGUUGUCACGUCAGAAACGACUGCGGACAUAAGCCAAGAGUUGUUGCCAGAAACUGCUGAUAUUAUUCCACUAGAAACUACUGCAGUUGAAGGUAGCGAAAAUGUAAUAAUGGAACAAACUGGAUCAGUAGCGAUGGAAUCAAUAGUGAUGGAAGAUUCUAAGUUGAGUAGUACUGAUUUAGAUCAAUCGUUAGAAGUGGCGACUUCGAAAACAUUGACAACAGAAUCGGUCAGUGCCGUAGUGAUUGAAGACUUUGGACCGGUGCUGCAUGAGGCUGCUCCUGAUAGUGAACAAAUUGCAUACAAAACUGCUGAGCUCCUUGAAGUUCCUAAAGCAACAAUAGAUUUGUUGGUACAGCAUAUAGAUGAGUUUGUGUCAGAUGAUAUUACUGAAGUAAUAAAUAUUUUGUCUGAUUUUGUGAAUGCCGAGGAACUGAAGAAAACGAUAAGUGUAGUUAAAGAACUACGUGAGAAUAUCGCGGCUUCUGAAGUGGAAUUAAAAGCAGAGACUAGCGAUUUUCUUAAGGAAGAAACAAACUUACAGAGAGUUCAGUUAGUACAAAAGCUUCACAUGGCUCUCGCAGCCCUAGAAAAUGUACCAUUGGAUACCUUAGCAGGACUUCCAUCUACUAACAAAGAAACUAUACAACGUGUAACAGAAAUUACCGAGAAUUUACUAGCAGAUCUCACAGCGGUUACUUCUCAACUCGAUAUUACGGAAAAAGCCAAAACAAUAACAUCUGAAGAAGUUGUUGCUGAUGUUGCACAAAUCAUAGAAUCAGAACUUUCAAAGACUACUGACACUACGACUCAAGUUGAAGUCUCAAAGAGUAAAUCGAUUUCUUCAGAAGUAACUGAAGCAAUGUUUGAAACAAAAUCUUUGUCAGAAGUUGCAGAUGCAUCGGCAGUUAAAGGUCAAAGUGAGACAGAAAUGAAAUCCAAGGAAAUUAUGCCAAUGCAAGUCGGUUUGGAAAAAGAAGCUGAACCUAUUUCUUUGGAAGAGGUGAAAGAAGUAAGUGAUGUGAAGACUGGACAAGCUUCGCAGAAAACAGAAGAACCAUUGGCAGAAGCUACGACAGACACACUAUUACAGAACAUCGGUGAAUUUUUAUCUGAUCAUGUCAUUCAAACUGUUGAUCAGAAAACUGCUUUGGUAAAUGUUGAUGACCUUACACAGGCCGCUACUCUUGCCCAAGAGUUGCAAGAAUGUUUUGCUGCGGAACGUAAUGCUGCCGCUGAAGACGGUUUGUCUAAGGAUUCCGUGAUAUGUGACCAAGUAAAUGUAGAAGAUGAACUUGAUACUUUAAUUUCCAUGCAAGUAGUUACUUCAGAAUCUACAGAAAAAUUGUCUGAUGAAGUCAAAAGUAACGCUUUAGAACAGAUGGUCGAUACUUCUGAGCGGUUAAAAGCAAAGCUUCAAGUACAGAGUAUAUGUGAUGCAGCUCAAGAAGAGUCUUUUAAUGAAGACAUUGAAAAUAGUAUUAUGCAGGAAAUACAAACCGAAAUUAAAAAUAUAAUAGGCACAGAACUCGAAAAACAAGCAAGCGAAGUUAUCCCAAUUACACAAAUAAAAAAUGACCAAAACCUAGAAAUUGUUAAUGACGAAGGUAAGAUCCAAACAAUUUCUUGUAAUGUUCCUGACGUAAUACAAGAACAUUUGGCUGUCAAUAUAAUUGAUGUAGAGACUACAGCCACAGAAAUGGAUAGGUCGUUACCUGAAGAUACCUUGUUAUCAGAAGAACAACUUAGUUUUGCUCCUGAAAUCAUAUUAGCUCAGCAAACAGCAUUGGAAAAUAUUAGUGCUACUAGUAAAACAGGUGAUGAAUCUUUAGAUUCGCAGAUAAAAAUUACUGGUUUGUCAAUGGAAGGUGGUGUUUCCGAUAACGUAACAGUAGAGGGUCAUGCAGAUGCUAUUUCGUCCGAUACACACGAGUUGGCCAAAGAAGUACAGAAACCAAACAUUCUAAAAAUUGAUGACGAAGGUGUGACCUUGACAGAAGUCAAAGAACUAAAAGAAAACAGCUCGUCACCCUCAAGUCUAAUUUCAGAACAAAUAUCUGAAGAAAGUUUAAAAAUAACUGAUUCGACUGUUGACAUGAGGACUUUAAAUACACCCGAUGAUAGCAAUUUGAAUACACCAGAAUCCAUCCCAUCGUCUAUUUUAGGAACUAACAUAAUAGAAUCAGCUGAUAAUACUACGAUAAUUUCCACUGCUGACGAAAAAAUUGAGCAGUUAAUACAAGAUAAUGUUGGUGCUGCGUUACUAACCGAAACUGCCACAAAAACUAGUUUGGAUGAAUGUGAAAAGGAAAAUGAAGACGAGGUUUUGCAAGAAAAUAAUAUCAUGUCUUUAGGGUUAGGAGAACAACAUAUUCUUCUACCAGAUACACAUAGUUUUGUAGAAUUAAUUGAAAAAACAGAUUCUGCUUUUGAUCAGAUUAAACUCGAAAGUGUUAAACCUCAAGAAAUUAUACCUGACACACUCGAAACAACUACUAUAAUUGAAAUCAGUUCUGAAGAGCCUCAUACUGUCCUAGGUAGCUCCUCUCUUGGGGCAAAAGAAUUAGAAGAACACGUAACUAAAGAUGAAAUUGCUGCACAAGCCGCUACUUUUGAUAUUAUAAUACAAGAAGUACAACAAUUACCACCAAUUGAAGCGAUUGAUAAAAACAUAGACGUAUCUUUCACUAGUGCAAUCGAUAAUUCUUGUACAGUUCAACAAGUAACUUUAGUUGAUACAACUAAACAAAAUAUUCAAGAAUCUGACUUUACCGAACAUUUCGCUGAAGAAAGAUCAAAAGCUGUUCUUAAGACCGUUAGUGACGAAUAUCUAGAUGUAUUAGAACCAAACGAAAGUAUAGUCACAUUAGAGGUUGCUUUAGAUAAUACAAACUUUGAAAAUCUUGACGAAACAGGUGCAAAUAGUGGUCAGAGAGCUGAAGAAUUUUUAAAAUCAGUCAGUAAUGAACGCUACGAUGUAGAAAAAAUAGAUGGAAUUAAGGUGAUUGAAGAACUUGAUAAAACUGACGUACUAAAGCUAAGCGACGCUACUUCAUCUAAUUUACAGGGUACAGAAACAGUUCCAAAAGCAGUAAGUGACGAGCAUCAAGAAAUACUAGAACAAAAAGAAAGUAGUAUUACAUUAGAACAGGUUGAUUUAGUUGAAACAUCAACAAAAAACGAAAGCGAAAUUACUGAUACAAGUGCUCAGAAACCUAAAGAACUAAUACAGCAAGUUUGUGUUGAAAGCAAAGACAUUGUAGAGCAAAAAGAAAACAUUAUCAAACUAGAACAGGAAACAGUUUUAGAUAACACAUCAAUAGUAAAUCUUGCUGACAUAGAUGUGUGUGCACAAGUUUGUGAGGCUACUGCUGCUAAUGUAAAAAAUACCGAAGAACUUAUUAAGUCAGUUGGUGACAAAUGUCAAGAUACUGAAGAACGUAUUGUUGACCAUGACGAAGUAGGUCCCAAAGCAGCUUUAGCAAAUACGUCAAUAGAAAAAAUUGCUGAAUCUGACGUAAAUUCAGAUGUAUGUGUAGUUACUGAAACUAUAGGGCAGAAUGCCAAUGCAAGUGAUGUUACUGCUGCUAAUGUACAGAGUGAUGAACGUCGAGAUACAGUAAAACUAAAAGAUAAUGUCGGCGCUGUAAUUCACGCUUCUUUUACUGAUACUUCGGAAGAAAAUCAUUCUAUAACUGACAACGUUGAACCUUCAAGUAACAUGAUAAUUUCUAAUGUAGAGAGUUCAGCAGAAGUCCUCAAAUCUGUUGAUGAUGAACAAAAAAGUCUUGAACAAAAAGAUACGCGAGACCCAGUCACAGCUUUAGCCGAACCACAACAUAAAGUACAAUCGGAAAGAGUUGAACAAAUAAGUAAUGAUAUUGUUACUAGUGACCACGUUAUUUCAGAGGUGAAUGAUAAUGUUAUGAAACCACAUCAGACUGCAACUUUAGUUGAAAUGUCUGCCGAAAUUACUGAAAAAGCAGACGUUACAGAUCUUUCAAGUGCUGUUGUUAUUGGCAAUAAGGAAGGUCUUGUAUCCGUUAGUGAUGAACAAAAAUCAUUAGGGCAAGAUAUUCCAGAUCAGGUUACACUUUUAGUAGACGCCUCUUUACAAAAUAUUGCAGAAGCUGACAUUAUUGAUCAUUCAAGUCACAUCAUUGUUUCUGAAGCACAGAGUGUUGAAGAAGUUCUUAACCCCGUUACUAACGAAAACCAUAAAGCUCAAACGGCAAAUGAUAACAGCCCACUCAAUACUACACGAGAAAAAAGAUCUACUGAGAGUUUAAUGACUACUAUAGUAGAUGUGUCGGGUAAAAACGAAACAGCUAAUGAAAAGUCAAGAAGUGCAGAUGUCUCUGAAAAUGAAACGCUGCUUGAUGAGAAACAAGAUGAAAUAAAAACUGAAAUCUCACAGCCUCCUAUGGAGGACUCCAUACAGCCUGAGCAGGGAAAACCUAGCGAUGAAGAGCUAGAGUUAUCGCAAGGAAUAGCAAUAUCUCCUGCAGUUGCUAACAACACAGAAAAUAUUUCUCAGACUAUUGAUGACUUUGAUGACAAUGUUGAAGGCGAAGUAUUAGUUUUGUCAAUUAAUUCAGACUUUGAAGAACCUCGUUCUCCUACUGAAAAAUCGCGUAAACCAGAAUUCGCUCAAGCAGGUCUCUUUGAACACAUACAAGAGUUCACAUCGGACGCAGUAUCUAAUCUAAUCAAUGAAAUAGCGCAGAUUACUAAUUCUGAUGAACUCAAAGAAUCUUUAGAACUGGCUAAAGCGUUAAAAGAAAGUAUUGAGUUCCCCUUGACGGAAGAAACUAGUAUUUUAGAGGAGACAAAAGCUGAACAAGUUCAAUUGGUGCAGAAAUUACAACAUUCCUUGUCAACGUUACAUGCGAAAGCUCUGGAGAACGCAGAAGAAAUUGCACCUGCAGUAAAACCUGAUGCUUUACAACGUGUGUCAGAGAUCAUCACAUUCCUGCAAGAUGACUUGAAUACUGCUAUGGUAUCAGGAUUACCUGAAGUUUACAAGGCAGAAAUAACUCAAUUAACAGAAGAUGAAAACUCAAUGAAACAGCUAGAAGAAUUGCUUCAAAAGGUAACAGACAAAAUUAAUCUACCAACAGACAGAGACGCUGAUGAUACGGAGGAUCUAAAAGAUACACUUGAUGAAGUUCAGACAGUUAUUAUAAAACUCAAGCAGGACUAUGACGGAGCCAUGAAUGAUACUCUCAAUGAGACUCUUGAAGAUUUAGAGUGCAGUGUGAGAAGUGUACAGCUCCAGAUAAACGAAGACAGCCCACCAGAGCUACUCAAAGAAGCUUGUGCAACAUUGCAAUUACUAGUUAACAAUAUGAACGAAACGCAAGAAGUGAGAGAUGCAGAAACUGUUGCUGUUAAAGUACCUGACGAGAAUAUUUUAGAAAAAUGUUCAACGGAAACAGACAGUACAGUUACAUUACUAGAAGAAGCUUCUAAAAUCAGUAUUACUGAUAGCAAUCUAACCAAUAUAGUUUCUAGCUUAAAUAGCCUUAGGAAUACCGUUAAAUUUCUUAAGUUGAGUUUUGAGGGCAAUGCUGAUGCCCUCAUCGAACAUGGAGUUGAAGUGCUACAAAAUUUAGACCAAUUAGAAGAUAAAGUAUUUUCACUCGAAAAGGAUUUGACGGAAGCAAAACUUACAACAGAAAUGCGAGAUACUAUUCUUACAGCAGUCCAUUCAGUGUACGGCAGUAUUUCUAAUAUGCGAGGUACCAUUUCAAGUAUACAAAAAAGGUACAUGUUUGAACAUUAUGGCAAGCCUUCAGAAAGUCUUCUAAAGGCUAUCAAAAAUAUAAACGGCAUUAUAGAAAUUGAUAGUACAGAAAAACCAACAUGGAAGAAAUUUUCAAAAUCUUUACGAAAAGUUUUAAAUCAUUUUGAGGACAUUAAGUUUUAUAUUAACCUUGAUAAAACGGCAAGAUUGCCUAGCGAUGCUGCAUUUACUAAGAUAAUUCUUGAAGAACUUAAGUCUAAUAUUUGUGAGGUAAUGAUACCACAAGCUUCAGUGUUAGGAGAAGAGUCCACUGCGAAAGUAAAUGUUCUUUUAAAUUGCGUAAAUAAAAAUAUCACAAACAUUGAAUCAAAGUUAACAUUGGAAGUAAAGGAAAAAAUACCAGUGUUUAAAGAGCUAGCGUUACUAAUUCUUGAUGUAACAGACUUUAUUAAGGUUGAAAAGAAUAAAAUGAUUAAAGAAAACGUAGAGAUUUUGACAUCCGAAUCUGCAGUAUUGCAACCUACAGAAUCAUCUACCGAAGUCGUAACCCAAGAUGAUCAACCCGCAAGCAUAGAUGGCAAAAUUGAAGAGCCUAUUGAUAAUGAUCAAAAAUUAGAUAGUAAAUCUGAAAUAGUUCGAGACACAGCAUUUGAGAAACCAAGCACGAGUCAAGAAUUACAAAAAACUUCUGUCUCGAAGAAGAAGAAAUCAUCUAAACAAGUGUGUAUACAGGAAACAGAACCAGAUGUCGAAAUACAAAUUGAACAAAUCGCGUCGGAGCUGGUAGCAGAAAUUGCUACGGAAGCAGUGACAGUCGUUCAAAACUUGAAAGAUGCUGGUUUCUUAGAGGAAGCGGUGGGUACUUCUGAACUUAAAAAAAAACUGCCGCUCCCAACAAGUGAAGAACAGGAAACUUUAGAAGAUCUACAACAAGUUGAUGAAUCAAUUAAAUCAGAAGAAUCUAAUGAGUUCAUAACCUCAGGAACUCUACAGGGGGUUGAAGAAUCUAUUGAAAUGCAACCGGAACAAAAACUUUCAAUAGAAAGUGUUGCAGGUUCUGAUAAGCAAGCACCUAGUUCUGCUGUUAAAACUGUUCUUGUGGAGGAUCAACAAGAAACAAGUACUUCCACAGCAAAAGAAUCUACUGAAUCUUCUAAAGAGGUAACAAAAGAAACUCAGGAACAAAUGAAAGCAGUUGUUGCUGAGCGUCAUGUCCAAGAUAUUUCAUCAAAACCUUCAACAAGUGCCGCAAGUUCUGCUAUUAGUAAUGAUAAGUCUCAAGAAAAGGACGAUGGGAAGGAAGAGAACCCAGAACAAGAAGAAACCAAGGUUGAACAGCAUUCAGAUGAUCAAAGUCCUUUGGAUUCAAAAGACACUGUUGUGCUUGAUAAAGAUCAAGCGCCUGAAGACCAUGAGACGAAACCUGACCAAAAUACUGAAGCUCUGAUAUUACAAAGUGCUGAAGUCAUGGUAGAACAAGCCUCUGAAACUGAAACAACGGAGAAUGUUGCAGAUACAAUAGUUGAUGUUGAAGAUAAAAAUGUUCUAGAAUUAGAUAGUCAUCACUCGAAAGAAGAACCAAAUCCAGAAGAAGCUAGCACUUCAUUGAAAGCAGAAGAAGUCAAUCAAUUACUGAUAACAAAAGAAGAAACACAGAUUGAAGCGGAGGCUGUGGAAGAUCAAUUACGAUCAGCUAGUGAUCAUCAAGUAACAAAGGCUCAAGACGUAGAAGAACAACAUGGUGUAAAAGUUACCGAAGUUAUAAACGAAGAGAAGGAAAGUUCGCAAGAAAAGAAAAAAGAGGUAAAGUCAGCCACUGCUGCAGCAAACAAAAAAUCUGAUGAAGAAGUAACUCCAGCAGAGAUAAAACCUCAAACGGAUCAAGUACAAACGAAACAAAAAGAAGAAACACCUGAAAAAGCUGCCACAGUAGAUAAAAAUUCACAAAAAGAAACUGAAGUUCAAAAACCAGUAGAUAAAGCGGAUGAAUCUGCCGAAACUGUAAUUACCGAAACAAAAGAAGUAACUGAAAAUAUUGGGGAAGAAGUAACAGUUGAAAAUAAAGAUGAAGUGGCUAGUAAAAUGCAGGAGACAAUAGUUCAAGAAAUGGAAAAGACAAAAGACUCGAAUGAGGUAUCAGAACUUGCUUACUUAGAAAAAGACAAAACAUCUGUACACGCUAACGAUGAAGCAGAAACCGAAGUAAUACAAAAGCUGGACGAUGAAACAAAACAAGAGCUUGCUAUAGUCGAGAAAAUUCAUAAGGAAGAUGUAAUAAGGCAAGAACAAGAAAUUCGGCAAGAGAACGUAGUAACAACUUUAUCUGAAGCAGAACAAAUGCAAGAAGAUAAACAAGUAGAAUAUGUGGAAGAAACAGGUGAAAAGAAAUCAGAGCAGAACCUUGAACAGGAGAAAGAAGCAAUGCAUCAACACGAUGAAGAUGCAAGAGCUAAGCAAGAGAAAAAGGAUGUCAACAAAGGCGUUACAGAAGAAUUACAAUCUAAGGAAAAGCGGCAGGAAGACAAAGAACUCGCGGAGGCCUCUACUCAUAUGGAAAAGAAAGAUACUGAAGGUCAAGAAAAACAAGAAACCAAAUCCAAUGAAAAAAUAAAAUCCAAUCAAGAAGGAGUCGACACUGAUAAACAGUUUGAAGAAAUAGAACCCCAAAAAGAGAAAGUACUGUUAGAAGAACAAAAACAAGAAGGGGAACCUAAAGCCAAACAAGACAAGAAAAAGGAUGAAGAAAUUGGGUUGAUAGCUGAAAAACAACGACAGGAGGAGCAACGAAUAAAACAGGAGGAAGAAUUUCAAAAACAUAACGAAAAGAACUUGGAAGAAGACGAAUUUAAACGCUUAGAAGAUAAAAAAUCUCAAAAAAUCUCAAAACAACAGGAAAUAGAAAAGGAAAAAUUAAAAGAAGAAAUUAAAAAAGAUGAAGAAAUAACGCUGGAAGAAAAAGCCAAAGUAGAAAAAGAGGAAGCUAAACAACGUAAACAAGAAGGCCUGGAAACUGAUAAGAAAUCAAAAGAAGAACAACCAAAACAGGCCGAAGAUGAAAAAGCCCACAAUUUAAGAGAAAGCGCUGAAAAAAAGGCUUUAGAUUCCGAAAAACAACUGCAGGAAGAACUACGAAAAACGCAAGAGGAAAUAAAACCUCAAAAAGAAAAGGAAGAGAUAGAACAACUUGAACAGGACAAAAUUAAGAAGGAGAAAAAAGGUAAGAAAGAGGAAAAAAUUAAACGAGAAGCUAAAGAAAAGGCGGAAAAAGAAGAAGCUGAUAAAUUGGAACGUGAAAAGGAACAGAGAGGACGAGAAAAGUUGGAAACAGAAGAGAAACAAAAAGAAGAACUGAAGCAAGGAGAGAAAGCCAAAGCUCAAGAAGAAAUGGCAGGAAAGCCUAAAAACGAAAAGCCGAACAUUGAACAACGUAAAGAAGAAGAUGAGGCCGAAGCUAAUACAGAAGAAGAAAAUAGACUCCAAAAAGGAGAUGAAAAGAUAAAACAAACUGAAGAAGAAGAAAAGUUGAAAGUCGAAGAGAAACGCAAAGAAAAUGUAAGACUCGAAGACGAACGGGAAGCCAGAGCUAACAGACAAGAAGAAAUUAAAUCAGAUGCUGAAAAACAUAAGCAAGAUGAAUUGGGAGCUGAACAAAAGGUAGAGCAAGAAGAAAAAACUAGAACUAAAAAAGAAAAAGAAGAUGCAGAUACACGCGAACUAGAAACCUUGGAAAUUGAAAGAAAUCAAAAAGAACAAGAAAGAAUAAAAGAAGAAGAACAAAGAGCUCAAAAUGAAAGGGAACGAUAUGAAAAAGAAGAAACUGAGAAGAAACGCCAAGAAGAGCUUCGAAUCAAGCAAGAGGAAGAAGCAAAGAAACUGAAAGAAAAGGAAGAGGCUGAAAAGAAAGAAAAAGAGGCUGAAAAGAAACGCCAAGAAGAGCUUCGAAUUAAGCAAGAGGAAGAAGCAAAGAAACUGAAAGAAAAGGAAGAGGCUGAAAAGAAAGAAAAAGAGGCUGAAAAGAAACGUCAAGAAGAACUGCGAAUCAAGCAAGAGGAAGAAGCAAAGAAACUGAAAGAAAAGGAAGAGGCUGAAAAGAAAGAAAAAGAGGCUGAAAAGAAACGCCAAGAAGAGCUUCGAAUCAAGCAAGAGGAAGAAGCAAAGAAACUGAAAGAAAAGGAAGAGGCUGAAAAGAAAGAAAAAGAGGCUGAAAAGAAACGUCAAGAAGAACUUCGAAUCAAGCAAGAGGAAGAAGCAAAGAAAGAAAAAGAAGAGGCUGAAAAGAAAGAAAAAGAGGCUGAAAAGAAACAACAAGAAGAGCUUCGAAUCAAGCACGAGGAAGAAGCAAAGAAACUGAAAGAAAAGGAAGAGGCUGAAAAGAAAGAAAAAGAGGCUGAAAAGAAACGUCAAGAAGAACUUCGAAUCAAGCAAGAGGAAGAAGCAAAGAAAGAAAAAGAAAAGGAAGAGGCUGAAAAGAAAGAAAAAGAGGCUGAAAAGAAACGUCAAGAAGAACUGCGAAUCAAGCAAGAGGAAGAAGCAAAGAAAGAAAAAGAAGAGGCUGAAAAGAAAGAAAAAGAGGCUGAAAAGAAACGCCAAGAAGAGCUUCGAAUCAAGCAAGAGGAAGAAGCAAAGAAACUGAAAGAAAAGGAAGAGGCUGAAAAGAAAGAAAAAGAGGCCGAAAAGAAACGUCAAGAAGAACUUCGAAGCAAGCAAGAGGAAGAAGCAAAGAAAGAAAAAGAAGAGGCUAAAAAGAAAGAAAAAGAAGCCGAAAAGAAACGCCAAGAAGAGCUUCGAAUCAAGCAAGAGGAAGAAGCAAAGAAACUGAACGAAAAGGAAGAGGCUGAAAAGAAAGAAAAAGAGGCUGAAAAGAAAGAAAAAGAGGCUGAAAAGAAACGCCAAGAAGAGCUUCGAAUCAAGCAAGAGAAAGAAGCAAAGAAACUGAAAGAAAAGGAAGAGGCUGAAAAGAAAGAAAAAGAGGCUGAAAAGAAACGUCAAGAAGAACUUCGAAUCAAGCAAGAGGAAGAAGCAAAGAAACUGAAAGAAAAGGAAGAGGCUAAAAAGAAAGAAAUAGAAGCCGAAAAGAAACGCCAAGAAGAGCUUCGAAUCAAGCAAGAGCAAGAAGCAAACAAAGAAAAAGAAAGAGCCGAAAAGAAAGAAAAAGAGGCUGAAAAGAAACGUCAAGAAGAGCUUCGAAUCAAGCAAGAAGAAGAAGCAAAGAAACUGAAAGAAAAGGAAGAGGCAGAGGGACUGGAAAUUCAAACUCAAAAAGAUGAAGUCGAACUUGAAAAGAAGAAAUUGGUUGAAAAGAAACGUAAACGAGAAGAGAAGCUCAAGACAGCCCAAAAAGAAGAAGCAGAAAUUAAAAAACUGGAAAAUGAAAAACAGUUGGCGACGAAAAAACUUCAAGAAGAAGAAGAACAAGAACGAGAACGCGAGAUUAUUGCUAAGAAACAAAAAGAACUUGAGAAACUUGAACAUGAAAAACUACAGGCCGAAAAGAAGCGUUUGGAAAAGGAACGACUCAAACAAGAAAAAGCUAAAAAAGAAGAAGAAGAAGAAGAGCGAAGCAGACAAGAAAGGGCUAAAGAAAAGCAAAAACUGACUCAAAAGAGAAGAGAAGAGGAAGAAGCUUUAAGAAAACAAACUGAAGAAGCUGAAAUAUCUAGGAAAAUAGCUUUAACCAAGAAAAAAGAGGAAGAGAAGGCGAGGUUACGUAAAGAACAGGAGGAAUCAGAAGCUCGGGAACAAAAACUUAGAGAAACUGAAAGAAGAAUAAGGGAAGAAAGACGACGUGAAGUAGAAAAGGAUCUCAAUGAAAACUAUCAAAAGGCGGCGACCACACGUGUAGACCGCACUUCAUCAGAAUACAAACACAAAACGGAAGAAAAUGGUUUUUCAACAAGCCAAAGAACUGAUAUGGAAGAUCACUACAUCAGAGAAUAUCACUACGAACCAACUCGACAAAAAUCUGACGAAAGAUCAAAAUUCGUAGAUCAUAACCUUAAAGACUACUCAAUGGAAUUCUCAAGACCGUCCGGCUACAGAGAAAGGACUUUUGAACAUGAAACAUUCACGGAAAGAGAAAGUUUGGGAAAAAAUGCUACAAUUUACAAAGCGCAGACUAUAAUAUUGGAUUCACAAUUAAGGUCUUCAGUGCCACCACAGUUAGAUAGAAUCGACGCUGAAAAGAGAACGCAGCGCUUUGACCGAAGCGAGUCGGAGAAGCGAUUCGAGCGGCACAAGUCUAAAGCUUUGAGCGAAGCUAGGAGCAUGAUCACUGAAAAACGUUCAGGCGUAUCGAGGGACUUGAAGCGAAAGCCUGUAUUUUCGACAUAUUUGACCGAUAGAACUGCGGUUGAAGGAUCCCGUGUCAAGCUUACCUGCAGUGUCCUCUCAUCAGCAGACCCCAAAAUAACUUGGUACAAGAAUGGCGUGUUGUUAGACAACAAAUUGAAAUAUAAAACUAAGUUUAUGGAUGGAUUGAUCACUUUAGAAGUAUUGAACGCAGUUGUUAGUGACUCGGCGGAGUACAGUUGUACUGUUGAGAACGAGAAUGGAUCCGUCAGCUCGUCUGCUAAUCUGAAGGUGUAUCCGAGCUUCGAGGCGUCUCCCAUCCCACCAACGUUCACGAGAUCCAUUCGGGACACAUAUCACUUGGCUGAGAAUGAGCUGGUGUUGGAGUGCCGGAUCCGCGGGCAGCCGCUGCCGACCAUCACUUGGCUGAAGGACGACAAGCCGGUGGCGGGGGACGAGCGCUUCCAGGCGUUCUACCUCGCCGACGGGGUCUGCCGGCUCGCCGUCAGCGCGCCCACGCCCGCCGACAGCGGCAAGUACACGUGCAAGGCGGAGAACUCCGUCUGGGCAGACCAGAUCCAUCAUGUCGUCAGCUUCAGUGGAAAAGACAGGUGUCUCAGUCCAAACAUUGCUACAAAGGAGAGAUCCCGGUUCAAUCGACAAGCGCUCGAGUCUCGGCGCCCGCACUUCACUAAUGUGCUGAGCGACUACAAAGUCGCCAAAGGCGGUACCAUCGGUCUGCAAGUGGAAAUCCGAGGAUGUCCCACCAGGGUGGAAUGGCUGCGAGAGGGGCGUUCUGUCACGGAAGUGUACAGAAACGCGAGGACUUUCGUCGAACAAGGCCUCUACACACUGGCACUAUCUGACGUCACGGAGAAAGAGUCAGGCAUGUACACGUGCAGGGCUUGGAGCACGCAUGGCAAUGUGGACAUGAAUGCAGCUAUCACUGUGGUGCAGCCGAACGAGCUGGAGGGCAAGCCGGCCAUCAUAGUCGGCAGACCAGAGAAAGACAUUCUUAUAUCGGUUGGAGAGGAUGUUAAUAUUUCGUUUAGAGUGCAAGGCGAACCUAAACCUAAAGUGGUGUUUAUGAAGGGUAUCCGCGACAUCACGACGAGCCAGCGCGUCUGCAAGAUGACGUCAGACGACUACGUGAAGUUCACCCUGAAGAGGUCGGUGGUGUCGGACGCCGGGACCUACUGCAUCCUAGCCAGGAACGCGUAUGGAUGCGACCGCGCCUUCGUCACUGUCGUGGUCAGACAGCGAGCUUCAUCUGAAAACCUGAUAUCAGACUGGACGUACCCCAUAGAUGACUCAUCUAUCUCUUUAACUGAAAGGAAAUAUAAAUCGGUCCCGGAGCGCAUCCCGGGCGAGCCGAGCGUCGUGGACGGAGGCAGCAACUGGGUGUCGCUCGCCUGGCCCAAGCCCGAGCAGCGCGACGCCGCGCCCGUGCUCGCCUACCGCGUCGACAGCUGGCUCAGCGGCAAGGACGGCGGCGCGCGCUGGACCGAGCUCGGCAUCACGCCGCUCAACUCCUUCGACGCCUUCAACCUCAAGCAGGGCGAGGAGUACCACUUCCGAGUGACGCCUCGCAACCGGUACGGCUGGGGAGAGUCCGUGCAAACAUCCACCCCCGUCGGCGUCGGGUUAGCCGGCGACAGGCCCGAAUUCAUCGACAUUCUGCCCGGUCAGCUGAAAGUGUUGGCGGGCGAGACGGCGAACCUAAGUUGCAGUGUGAAGGGCAAGCCGUUGCCUGAAGUGGUUUGGAUGAAGAAUGGGCACGAGAUAGAAGAGGAGGAAGGGCGGGUGACGACCGCGUUCAACGGGCAGGACUGCGCGCUGACCAUCCGGCAGAUAUGCGCGGAGGACGAGGCGCGCUACAGCUGCGAGGCGAGCAACGCGCUCGGGCGCGCCUCCACGUACGCGCGCCUCGCCGUCGUCACCGACCGACUGCUCUGGGAGGCCGACGCCAAGCUCAAGAGGGAGCGGUCUCAGGACGCCGAGGGCGAGUACCCGCCGCAGUUCACGAUGCGGCUGCGCGACCGGCGCGUGCAGGCCACGUACCCGGUGCGGCUCACCUGCCAGGUGGUCGGCAGCCCGCCGCCCGCGCUCUCCUGGUUCAAGGACGGAGACCAUCUCGCACUUGACAGCCGUCGUUCAGUGUACCAGGACGAGCACUUCCACACGCUGGAGAUCGCGCCCACGACGCUGGAGGACGGCGGCGUGUACGAGGCCAUGGCGCGCAACAGCAGCGGCGCCGUCAGCUGCCGGUGCAGCCUCGUCGUCGACAAGGGGAUCCGCGCCUACGUGGCGCCGGACUUCUGCUGCGGACUCGAGCCCUUGUACCGACUGGCUGAAGGUGACGAGCUCCGCAUCUCUGCUGUGGUGGAGGCGUACCCCUCGGUGGGGGUGACGUGGUACCGGGACGGUGUCCGGCUGCGCCCCAGCCGCAGAGCCAUCAUGACGCUGGACCGCGACGGCCAGAUCGAGCUCGCACUCGCCGCCGUCACCGGCCGCGACGCCGGCGUCUACACCUGCACCGCGUCCAACGAGGUCGGCAGGGCGUCCACCUCGGGGAAAGUCGAGGUUAUAGAGUCAGGACAGCCGAGGGAAAGGAGGAACGCACCCGUCGUCAUCAAUGCGCCUGAUGUGCCGUACUCCAAGGAGCCCAUGUUUGUUCGGAAGCCGCGCUCCAGCGAGGCUCGCGAGGGAGACACCGUGAUCAUCGCUUGCGAGGUCAUCGGAGACCCCAAACCUGAUGUGUACUGGCUUCGAGACUUCCUCAAGCCGGACUACUACCGCGACGCGUCUCACUUCAAGCGAGUGGGCGACGGGCCGGAGUACCGCUUCGAGAUCCCCCACGCCAAGCUGGACUACACCGGCGCCUACUCCGUCGUCGCCCGCAACGUUCACGGGGAGGCCAAGGCCAUCAUUUCUCUUCAGAUAUUGGCUAAAGAUCCGUCUUCGACUGAUGAUUCACACAACGUUCGAUACGGUCGCGUGGAAGUGAUUCCUCGCUUCGAGAGAGAGCUGACGGACCUGCUGUCGUACGACGGCGAUGCUGUUGAGUUCGAGUGCCACGUCACCGGCAACCCCGAGCCUGACAUCAGGUGGUUCCAUUACAACGAGUUGAUCCGCGAGUGCUCGGACUUCGAGUCGUCGUUCGAGGAGGGCGCGGCUCGCCUCAAGAUCCGGCAGGUGACGGCGGAGGACGAGGGCACGUACUCCUGCGAGGCCUCCAACAACCUCGGCAAGGCCACCUCCAGCGCCUGCCUCGUGGUCUACCCGCCGGGCGAGCCCAACACGCUGAGCCAGCGGCUGCGGCGGCCGCCCGCGCUGCUGUCCGCCGCCAGCACGCCGCGCUCCACGCCGCGCUCCACGCCCGCGCGCUCCCUCUCCCGGACACCCGGCCCAGAGCCGAGACGUCUCUGCAGUCCCUCUCGCCAGAUGCCGCCCUCCUUCUACACGUACCCCUUCAACAAGGUCGUGGAAGAGGGAGAGCAGGUGACCUUCAAGUGCGCGGUCAAAGGUCUGCCGGCGCCGUGGGCCACGUGGGACAAGGACGGCAUCAUCAUCACGCCCUCCGCCAGGUUCACCCUCAAGGAGAAGGACGAGAUGCUCAGGAUCCUGGAGAUCGAACAGGUCACCAUCGAGGACGUCGGCGUUUAUAGGAUAACAAUAGAAAAUGAGUUUGGGCGGGCGGAGGCCUCGGCGCGCCUGGAGGUGAUCACCCAGAGGGGCAAGUUCUACGGCGGCGUGCGCGCCUACAGCCCCUCGCCGCGGAAGUCGCUCACGUACCGGCGGUACCCCUCCGUGCCCCGGCAAGACUGAACGGGGACAGGUCGAUUAUGAAAGGAAACGUCGCACAUGAAGAUUAUUAUAAUUAAUUAAAUAGUCAUUUGUUUUUUCUUCUCUAAUUUAUUUUCUGUGCAUUUUAUUUAUUACUUUUCUACUCAUGACAUAACUUUGUUUGACGAAGUUAUAAAUGUUAAGUUUGUUUUUUUUUCUCUGUUAGGUUACGUUAAGGUCGGUUCACAUGGUUCUGCAAAAUGUAGUAGUUUUGUUUGAAUCUAAAACUAGUCUGUGUUACCGUGUGACAUUGAAUAUUGAGUGUGGUGUUUGUUAAAUAAAAUCACAAAUCUAUUUACAGUAUGGUUAAGUACUUAAUUCGAUUUAAUUCUAUAUUUAUUUUCAUUUUUCACUUCUCUAUAGAUUUGUGUUCAUUAUCAAAAGCCUCAGAAAGUGUUCUCAUUGUUUUAUCGGAUGGCAUGUUAACCGACCUUUGACCUCGGUUAUCCGGGCUCAUAGCACGAGGUGAAAUCCGGGUACCGUUUACCCGGAUAUCUUGUAUUUCAUAUAAGUUUGUUACCCUAAAUAAUUUAUUAAUGGAUUUUGGUCUCGAGUCUUGGUAACUGAGGUUUUACUAUUUAAAGAUUUAUCCUAAAGUUACCUAAGUUAGAUAGUCCAAAGUUAGUAUUUCGGGGUAUGCGAUAUUUCAAAUAAAUUUUAUGACGAGUUG